AGCUGUUUUUGAAAUCACCCGCUUAAAUCGUAUUGUUUAUAUUACAUUUGAUGUAUUUAUUUACUUAUUUAUGAUACAAUUAAAGUUUUAGCUAAGAAUUUGUUUUUUGUGUGACAAAAACAAUAAGAAAGUGCGCAACAAUGUCCAUUUCACGACCAGAUGAAGUCUACCACUUUCCAAACAAUUUGCCAAUCGAAUUGAGCUACAAAAAUACGCAAACCUAUUCAAAGUGCAGUUCAUAUGAUCCUAAAGCUUUUGCACAAGGCUUUGUGUGGCAUCAAAUUAUAGUUCAACAUCACGGAAAAAUUUGUGGCCGUGAUGGUGUUCAGGAAAUUUUGGACGCUAUUUUUGCUGUUGUUGAAGGCGAAGAAUUCUUUCCCAUUGCGUAUCGGCGAGGUUCUAAAGAAGACCGUUUUCUAGUUCGGCAGUGUAAAGCCGCUAUUAAUAAACUGUUUGAGCAAAAUCUACUUAUUCAGCUGGCUGACGCAUCAUUUGUACAACUUCAGAUGCAGUUCAAUGUGGGAGAAUUUAAAUUUGGGCAAAUUUCACCCCACACAAAGCUUACGGAAGCUCUUAACCGUCUUUAUACAUGUAUGGAGCGCAUAAAUGGUGUAGAAGGCAUUUUAAACUUAUGCCGUUUCAACUCGAAUCCGGAAUUUGUUGACUUAGUAGUUAACAUGGGUAACCGCGGUGUAUUUGACACUAUUUGCAAUCUAAUUUAUCGCAAUGAUGAAAAAUUUCGCCUUGUGAAUGGACUGAUUCUUAGUGACAAUUGCAUUACCACCUUAGCACCUUUGACCGUUUUUGCCGGCGUGGAAUUUGCAUUUUUGGAUUUAAGGAGAAAUAAACUUGUUUCUUCGUCUCGUUUGUGUCGAGAUUUGAGCAAUGUUAAAGCCGAUGAAAUUUUGUUAGCUGGUAACCCAGUGACGACUGCCAGUAACUAUCCCGACUGUUUACGGCCUAUUUUAAAAAAUUUUAAGCAAAUUGAUGGCAUACCUGCUGAAAAUCUAUCAAAAGACUACACACCACUAGACUACGAGGACGACGGUAACUGUGAAGGGUUUCGUGUUGAUAUCACAAAUAAGGAAACUAUGCAUAAAUUUCAAAACAGUAGUGACUGGCAUUCAAUCAUGAUACCGGAUCCGGAACAUGAAUUUUCAAAGGAUGAAAUCUUUGAUUAUUUUUUCAUUACUGUAUCGGCAACGUUAUCGGACAUAUAUCCCUGUUAUUAUAAGUUUGCCGGUGGCGAACAUCAAUUUCUUUUGCGCCAAUGCUUCGAUCAACUGAAAUUCUUAGUUGAUGUUUGUAAAAUGGAGAUGAAAGUUCCCCGUUUAAGCACGCAUUUUGAUAAUCAUUCUGCUCUUUCAGAAAUUCAAAUUGAUAAAACUUUGAGAUACUAUUUGGUUAUGAACAUUAGACCGUUUAAACAUGGCCAAUUAGAACCCAUAGACUGUAUUGAUAAGGCUCUCACUCGUCGUUUCAAUGGUAUUAAUAGACAGUUAAAUUUGGACAAAUUUCAGAAUAUUGAAGGUCUAGAAAAUAUUGUUAUUAAUUUAAGCUCACCAAAAAUUCUUAGUCGAGUUCUUAUGCAAGCAUCGCGAAAAUUUCUAACGAGUUGCGUAGAAUUGCGGUUGGCGCAUAAUAAAAUUACCAAUGCUAAUAUGUCGAAAGUAUUGAGUUUAAUGAGUAAUUUAAAAGCUAUAGAUUUGGGUAAUAACUGGAUAUUGGACUUGGAAGAUAUCAAAGAUCUUUCUUUGCUUGGCUUGAAGACUUUACGUUUGGAUGGUAAUCCCUUGUGCUCUAAAUAUACGUUCGCUGGUGAAUAUAUAAAAGCUGUGCGAAGGCAUUUUCCUGAGCUGACAAAAUUGGAUAACAUUGAAAUUAAAAAUAAAGGUAGCUUAAACUAUCAAAAGAAUUUUCUUUGCGACGUAAGAGGCUACGAGUUCGUUGACGAAUUUGUACCACAUUAUUUUAAGGUAUUUGAUUCUCAGGAGCGGCAGAGUUUAAAGGAACUAUAUCAUCCAAAUGCAAUUUUUACUACUUCGUUCAAUUAUCGCAUUGCGCAAAUGACAACACAGAAUUUUAAACGUAUAUCUAAAUACUGUGAAAACAGCCGCAACAUUUUAAAAAUAUCGGACCUUUCCCGUGCACAUACAAGCGUACAUCUGGGCACAAAUCAAAUUAUGCAAGUUCUUUUUGAAUUACCCAGCAUGCUACAUGAUACGCUAACUUUUAAUACAGAUACAACGAUUUACAAUGAAAAUAUGAUAAUGAUAACUGUUUCAGGAGUAUUUUAUGAUUUAGCACCAAGCAUGAUGGAUAAUGACAUAUUAAUGGGAUUUACACGAACAUUUGUGAUUAUUCCAGUGGAGAAGCGUAUGGGCAUUCUCAACAGAGCUGUUAAAUAUCAAAUUGUUAAUGAACAGCUGAGUAUUUUUAAUCCAACACUUCACCAGACUAGAACUGCAUUUAAAUGUUCCAAAAAGGAAUACCAAGAUAACGACAGUGAAGUAACAGUUUCUGAUCAGGAAGCUUUGAUUGUUAUGUUUCAGGAAAUUACAAACCUUAAAUCAGUAUGGUGUACUCGUUUCCUGGAAGAUGCCAAAUGGGAUUUUAAAAAGUCUCUAUUGCUUUUCUUAACUUUUUGUGAUAAGAAGCUGAUCCCGGAGACGGCUUUUAUUUAGUGCAAACGAAAAUUAUUUUGUUUUGCUUUAAAUAUAUUUUUUGAAUUUUUUGUAAUAC